CACGGGGUGUGUGGGGUUAGGGGUAGGAGAUCAUGCGCUGGAUCCGAUUUAAGACGAGCUGCCUACGGCACAUCCCCUCAUUUCCUUGCUGGCCACUGUUUGGACCAGAGGCAGUCUAGUGUCCCAUCCAUACUCCAUACAGUCUACCUUUCUAGCACCACGCUGACUGUGACAAUCUGUGUUGUAAUCGUUUCGCAACAGUGCGUGUGUCUGUUUGGCGUGCGUUUCACGUGUUCCAGUACCUUGGCUGCUGGGUCCCUGUCCACAGGAAGAGAGGAAGCAAGGACACGCAAUCAAACUCCACACCUGCAAAGUGUCUAGGGCAUGGCGAGCCAGCAGCAAAAUGGCAACCAUCGAGGAUGCCCUAUGAACGGGGGCGGUCACCAAACGACGACCGGCAAGUGUACAGCGCCGGGCGCCGCUCGCGACGAUACCAUGGCCAACUUCAUCCGGCCCGAUCAACCGUCCCGGUGUACCUGGUCGGCUGGGACCAGCGAGCCGAGUCCACACCAUCACGUAUCGCUCGUACCGAAGCCACCGUUGCUCUCCACGAUCCUCGAGGCCGUCGGUCAAACACCGCUAGUAAAGCUGAACAAGAUACCGGCAUCGUACGGUCUGAAGUGUAACGUUUACGCCAAGUGUGAGUUCCUGAAUCCUGGCGGCUCGGUAAAGGACCGAAUCGGGGUGCGCAUGGUACUGGAAGCGGAACGCAAGGGGCUGCUGAAGCCGGGCUGUACCAUAAUCGAGCCGACAUCUGGCAACACGGGCAUCGGGCUGGCGAUGGCAGCCGCUGCCAAGGGCUACCAGUGUCUGAUCGUCAUGCCGGAGAAGAUGUCGAACGAGAAGGUAGACACGCUGAAGGCACUGGGCGCGCAGGUGAUCCGUACGCCGACGGAAGCAGCCUUCGAUUCACCCGAGGGACUGAUUGCCGUGUCGCAGUGUCUGCAGCGCUCGAUCCCGGACUCGGUCAUUCUCGAUCAGUACCGGAACGCGGGCAAUCCGCUGGCCCACUACGAUGGUACCGGGGCCGAGAUCGUGGAGCAGCUCGGUGGCAACGUGGACAUGGUGGUGAUCGGUACCGGUACGGGCGGUACGUUGACUGGGAUCGGGCGUCAGAUAAAGCAGUCGUGCCCCACGUGCCAGGUGAUCGCAGCCGAUCCGGAGGGUUCCAUACUGGCCGAGCCGGAGGAGCUGAACCAGUCGGACGUGAGCUUCUACGAGGUGGAGGGUGUCGGGUAUGAUUUCCUGCCGACCGUGCUAGACCGGAGCGUAGUCGACCGGUGGUACAAGUUCAACGAUCGCGAUGCGCUGCCUCUAGCCCGCCGCCUGAUACGCGACGAGGGACUCCUAUGCGGCGGUAGCAGUGGAGGCAACCUGCACGUCGCUCUGGAGGCCGCGAAAGAGCUUGGCGAAGGCCAGAACUGUGUUGUCAUUUUGCCGGAUAACAUCCGCAACUAUCUGACCAAGUUCGUCUCGGAUAACUGGAUGGAGGCGCGGGCGUUCAAGGAGUCGAUCAACACGCACAACCAUCCCUGGUGGAAUGAUAGGAUAUCAUCCAUUAACAUUAGUGUGCCGAUCACGGUAAGCGACGAUAAGACGAUCGCGGAUGCGAUUGCCCUGCUGAAGCAGCAUAAUCUCAACCAGCUGCCAGUGGUAAGCGGCACUGGUGCUAUCAAGGGCGUCGUGUAUUUGCCCAAUCUGAUGGGGAAGCUGUUGAACUGUCUGGCCAAACCGACCGAUUCAAUCAAGCGGGCGAUCUUCAAGCAGUUUGUUAAAAUCGACCACCAGGAAACCGUCGGCCGUGCGUCGCGAAUCCUGGAGAAGGACUCUUUCAUCGUUAUCACGCGCACUGAACAAACCGAAGGGGAUGCUCAAUACAUCGAGAGGUUAGUUGGUGUGCUGACGCAAAGCGAGAUCUUCGACUUCAUUGCCAACCAUUCGAAAGGUGUGCAGCAAUGCAAGACGCAUUAACCUGGUAAAUUUAUCGGUUUCAAUUUGGGGGACGACUGGUGCAGAUCACCUUGGGAGCAUCACUGGCACCACAUCCGGGGUGCGAAACUAUUCUAAUGCUAGGAUGCAUUUGUACUAGCGGAAAUAAAGGAUUUUUUUAAACUUUUUGAGUA